GCUGAAUAUUGUUUUAAACAAAGGCCAGUUAGUCGAUCUCGCACGAACAUUUAAUGACACGAAUCGACGUCAAUUGUCAUUUAAUGUUUAAAACACGUUUUGGUUAUGUUUUAAAUUACCGAAUACUUAACCUCAAUUCGAGUAUGGCGUCUUAAAAAUUAUGUUAAUCUCAUAACUACCGAUUGACGUUCGCUGACAGAUCCAAACAAUUUUAUAACUGUCAAUUAUUAACCGUUUUACCAUGUCUUUCGAAAUCGUUAACAAAAUAGGAGAUUGCGAAAUAUUAGAAAAAAUCAAAGACGAAGGCACCGCUAUAACUAUAGCUUCCGAUAUAGUGACGGAUAUUAUUAACAACGCUUUAGAUAUAGCCGAAGAACGCGGUAAUAUAGGAGACAUUUUAGAAGAAGAAUUUGAAGAAGAAACCAGCAAGGAUAAACGGAAAGUUACCGAAAACGCGGCGGGACCUUUUCAAGGCGUCGGAGAUCAAUUGGGAGAUGACGUGAAUAAAGAACCGAAGAUACAGCACAGACCCGUGGAAAAGAAGAGUCGACUCACCGACUUGGUGAAAAAUUCCAAACAACUUUUGGCCAAAUUGAUGUUGAACGAAAGUAGAGGCGAACUUCACGAUACUAAAUCCGAAAAAUUAGUUAAAGUUGUCGAAUUAGAUUCGAAAGAACAACCUUAUAGAGUGAAAAACGUCAACGCACCCGAAGAUACUCGUUUACCAAGUGAUGAUUCUGAUGAAAUUUUGAACGAAAGAUCCGGGGACGAAGAAAUUUUGGACGAGAUACAAUUGUCGGUGUCGCAAGGUGACGAUUUACAAUCGAAAGAGAGUUUGAAAAAGACGAUGACUUUUCCUUUGGCGGGACCGUCGAAGAAAACUCUGAUGGAUCGUUACCGUACGUUGAAAUUCGCCGGGGAAUUUAAAAAGAAACAAUGGAAUUUCGGUAGUAGGAUCAUGGAUUAUAUACGUAAACAGAAAGCGAAGAGGCAGAUCGAAAAUACAAAUCAAAACGACGAAUUUAAAUUUUAAGUUGUUGGAAAAUUUUUGGUUUCCAUUCAUUCGAUGCCAAAUUAGUUUUUCGACAACGAUAAAUUUUCCAUUUAUUGUUUUUUUUUAUAUCGACAAAUUUUGAUAAUAAACAUUUUAUUUAUUGGAA